AUGAUUAACUCUACUUUCAUAUCAACGCAAAUUAGAUACGAACAUAUACCAAGAGCGCUGUUUACAGAAGAAUAUAUUGCGCAAUGUGCUAAAUUAUUUUCUGAAAAUUACGGUGUAUGGGGACCAGAUGUAUCUGCACCGCUGAAACCUGGUGAAAGAAUUAAAAUGAAUAGUAAUCGUUUUAAAGAUCAGUACUUAUUUGACGACUCAUGUUAUGGUGUGCUGGCAGUGAACGAUAGCACUGUUAUUGGUCAAGCUUUUUAUACAUGUUUUACAGUUGAAGAUUUAGGGUUAAUUAAAUGGAUCAUACAACUAGUUGUUGCUAAAGACUAUCGACAUUUAAAAGUAGGAUCAACUUUAUGUUCAAUGGCUGCCGGUAUUGAGUGGAAAGGAUGUGGUCUGGCUACAUCCCAUCCUUAUGCAGUUCGUGCGUUGGAAAAAGCAUGUAGAAUUAAAUGUGAUCCGGCAUUAAUUCUUAAAUAUGGAAAUCAAAUAUUAACAACUUCUCCUAUACCGUACACAAAAACAGCUGUUUUGCAUUGCAGUGGAAAUCAUUCUUAUAUAGACACUCAUUUCUUUGUUGACCAUUGUGAAAUUAGUCCAGUAUUAGAACGUGAAGUCGCUUUAGGAAGAUGGAAAUUAGGAGAAACAUUGCAAGACGGCUAUGAAUUUUUUGCCUUUGUUUUUAAUUUUGAAUAA